AAUAUCUCAAAGGACUUAAGCGUUUCUGAAGUAUAACACUACACUCGAGGAAGAUCGCAACGGCAACUGCAAAACAGGUGUCCGCUGGUUUAGGGCGAAACGAUUCGCGCGCCGUUGAGCGCGGAGGUCAGUGCGAGGACCUGCUGCUGUCCGGACACCCAUCGCUGGUGUAUCCACCCAUCGCCGUGUGCCUUGCCGCCGCUGCUUGGACGCGGCAUGUGUUCCGGCGGCGCUUGCUAUUAGUACCUGUGCUCCUGCGCCCCCCCCCACGCCGCGGAAACCCUAAUCUACAUCAUAGCAGUGCUAGGUCACGUACCCACAUAGUACCUACUACAUACUGCUCCUACUAAUCCCGAAAUUGGCGGUGAACCUCAUGCUCACAGCAGAGAAGUUUUCACGGUUAGCUCCAUUGGCUCGUCCCUUUCAUCCGCCGCGCCAGUUCCAUCCAUCCCACCUAUAACGCCUCGCUACCCACUGGGUCAAAACGAGGUUACCCAGAGGCGCAGCGGAAUGCGUUUCUACACUCUAGGGUUCCGUUCGCAGACGUUACUACACCACCACAGCCACCUCACGUGCUCACACCCGCCCCUUCUCCACGGCUCCGUCCACCCCACAUCGCCACCUCACGUGCUCAGGCCCGCCCCUUCUCCUCGGCUCCAUCCACCCCACCAGCCGGCGCGCUCACAGCCGACUUACAAUCCGUUGAGUAGAGCGAGCCCUGUAGAGUAGAGAAGUCGUCAGAGGUAGCAGGGCUAGGCUCCGUGUGGUGCGGCAGCGGCAGCAUGCGGCGUUCCAGCGUCGCCUGCCUGGCGUCAGGUCGGGAUGCUCCUGCGGUGGCCGUGAGCCGCCAGGGGAUGGCGCGUGAGCGUCAGGGGGUGCAGCGCGCUCUAGCCCUCGCAUGGUGCCACCGCCCUUGCCGUGACGCCCUUCGCCAUGGUCCACGCCCAGAUGCUCAGAGCCUCGCAAGUACGAUUCCUGCAGGACUGCCAGGCGGCGUGGAAUCGGACCUUCAACGGGUGGAGUGGCCCCAAUCCCAACUGCUUGGCAGCAGAGGGGAUCCAAUGCGAUAGCAUCGGAAUGAUCACGCACAUAGACUUAUUGGGCAAAAAAUUGCAGGGGCCAAUUCCCAACUCCAUCAGCAACCUCAGGGAGCUCGUUUACCUAUUCCUUAAUGUCAAUCGGCUCAUAGGCUCAAUCCCUGCUGCAAUUGGCAAUCUAAAAAAUCUGACUUUCCUGUUACUCUCCAACAACAUGCUCUAUGGAAGCUUACCCUCUUCACUCUCUCAGUUGACAUGCUCGACAAAAUUGUUUGAGAUGCCCCCUUGUGAAACUCCCACCGAUCAGCAUGGACCUCUCCAGGAACUACUUCUCAGGUAUACCAGACUUUCAACACAAUAUCGCUGCCAACUGCUUCGCAAUUGACAAUGACAAUGACUCCAACGGGCAGCGGCCUGCAGCAGAGUGUGCGGCGUUUUGUGCCAUCACCAACACUAGUUCUGCUUGUGGUGGUAGUGGCACGUGCUAUCCAGAUGGACCCAGCUUGGCGCCGACGUGCACGUCCUGUCAACCGGAAUUCGUGGACUCCGGGAGAAACAAUUGUGUUGCCAAAGGCUGGGUCCAAAGCUUUCAAACCAGCAAGCCCAUUCUUCCCCUGUUCUCGGUGCUCACCAAGGGGACGCAGCGAGAGACAGUGGGAAGGCGUUUCUUCACUCUAACCGCUUCGAAUAAAAGAGCAAGCCCGUGGCCUUAGUUUAUCAGUGGCCGCAUUCGCACCACCUCGGGGCAGCCCUUUUUUUUCGCUAUGUGAGCACGGACUACGAAGUGGCAUCCAACAACGACGACUCAUGGAGCAUCCGCGACCUCCACACCUGGAACUCCUUGGACUUCCUCAGCUGGCCUGUCAAGAACCAGAAUGAUUGCAAUGCCUGCUGGGCGUAUGCGGUGGUGGCGAGUGUCGAGUCACUCUUGAUGGGGCUGACCGACACAGACAAGUGCACGGCUGGAGGCUCCCCCACCGAAGCCUUUGAGAAGCUGGUCACUCUUGAUGGUAGCAGUGGACUCACAGGGGUCAUUGAAUCUGCAACAAGGUAUCCAGUGCAGGCAUUUGAGCGCACACAGUUCAAGGGGUAUGUGGGGCUCAUGCUGGCAGUGCGGCGCCAGCCAGUGGUGGUUCACAUCGAGGCUUCUGCUGGCACAUUCGUCGCCUAUGAUGGGACGUUCAAAUACCAGGAUCCUGCCUGCUACACCGGCAACCUGAACCACGUUGUGCUCGUUGUCGGCUACUUCAUCAAUAGAAACGACGGCAGCCAGAAACGCAUUGCUCCUCCGUUUUGGAUGAUCCGCAACUCGUGGGGGGGGUUUUGGGGCGACGGGGGCCACAUGUACAUGGACAUUCAGGGAGGGGAUGGCGUGUGUGGCAUCAACGUGCUGCCUGGCAUCUACCCCAUUGUCAAGAGAGGCAUCCACCCCAGUGUCAAGAGUGAGGAAUGUACCCCAUUGUCUAGAGUAAGGCCUAUACCCCAUUUUCAUUUUGUUUGAAGAGCAAACCAAACAAAGCAGUGUGUUUCCAUCUAGAAAUUGCACAGCUCCACUUGUCAUGAAAAAAACACAUCUGCCAACGUCCCUGUUGCAUUUAGCAUGCAACUUCUGAGAAGGUUGUCACUAGUAAUCCGUCAGGUUGGUUCUGAGCAAAAUCAAACUGGCUGAGAUCGUUGCAGCUGCUGGCGGUCAUUCUGGUUGGUGGAAAGCUUGGCUAGCCUAGCACAUACGUGUUGAGUAGCACAUACCUGGGCAAGUUUCAAUGUACUUUAGUAGGGUGGCAUUAGUUGCAGAGUUUCAUUCCUUUUCUCCUUCCACCUUCCAUCCUCAUGUGUUUCGAGUGUCUUCUCCCUGCCACCUUCCAGUUCCAGGGGACCCCUGCAGUCAAAACAGCUACAAGGGCGAUCAGGAUUCAUACGGCAUGAACUCGUGCGGCCGGUUCACAUGUGAGGCGAUUGAUGACAGCAGCAACAGCUGCAACUGCAACAUUCCUGGGGCCAGCAGGCAGCCUUUUGUUGAAGUUGGGAAUGGAAAUGGCUCCAGCACAUGCGCUUAUGUGGAUGUGUGCGGGUCAUACUUCAAGAACCCCUGCUACGUGGGCACAUGCAUCAAUGAUGAGAAGGGCUCGUAUUCUUGCAUCUGCCCUCCCAACCACAUUGAAAGCACAACUGUCUACGGCUUCCCCACCAGCGAUCCAGGCGAUGCUUCGGUAUCCCAAUUAAUUCCAUGGCCACAACCAUAACAGUCAUUGGAGACAACUGGCAGUGUUCAGAUGUUUAUGCAAUUGUUGGCAAUUUCAUGCUCCAGAUGUGAGCAAGGUGUGGGGACUUCAGGCGACGGCGGCAGCGUCGACAGCGGCGGCGGCGGCGGCGGCGUGUGGCGGCGUGGCCAGUGGCACCAGCUGCGGCGGCGGCGGCUUCGACGACAGCUACCGGCGGCGGCGGAGCUCGCAGCACUCGGCGGCGUGGCCGGGCUCCGCGACGGUGGGACGGCCGGCGCGAGUCAGCCAUCGGCUGCGGCGAGUAAGAGGGGACGCAGGGGAAGGGGGCGGGGCUUCAGCAGCGGAGCCCGGGAGCGUGCCGCCCCGUGUGGCGCGCUGGCUGCAUGCGGGCGUGCUGGCCAGCGCUAAGACGGGGCGCUGGCGGCUGCCAUCUGUGCCGUCCGCGAGCUGGCAGCACGUCGCCACGGCAGCACGACGGCGCCGUCACGCCGCCACGGCUUGACGUCGACGCCACGGCAGCGCGUCGAGACGGCCGCGGCAGCACGACGCGGCCGGCGGCACAACGACGCCGCCACAGCAGCACGACGCGGCCGUCAUGGCAGCGAGAGAGAGAGAGAGAGGAGUGCGCGGCGGAAGCGUGAUAAGCAGGCCCAGGAAGAGCAACCUGCUCUGUUACCAUGUCAAAUGAGCUACCGUAAUAGCCCGGAUAGAAGACCCCCUAGUAAUAGAAGACCCAGGGUCUUAUAUGAGGUGUCUAUCUUGUAUUUGGGCUUCCCGUUUAUAAGACACCCCCUGGGCGGUAUGAGAUAAGACCCCCCCUCCUCCCGCCUGUUUUUUCUUCUUGUUUACCAAAUUCCCCCAGAUAAGCGCCCCUAUGGGCGUUUAGGGACUGUUUUGAAAUUGUGUGUGGGGGGUGUUGGAAAUAUCUCAAAGAACUUAAGCGUUUCUGAAGUGACUGCAGACAGAGACCGGGACUGCUCAAGAAACAACGGGAAGAGUACCAGAGAUGGUGACUCCGUCUCCCUCUUCAAGUGUGGACCCGAAUCUCAUGGAGAGAUUCUUCAGCUUCAUGUCACACUUCGACCAGCAGCAGCAGACAAGGACACCUGCGCAAUCAACACAGAGCAAUGGAGGGAAUAUGGGAUUAGCGCCGAUGAGCCUCGACAACUCAUCCUUCGGGCGACACAACCAAGCGCCUACCUUUGCGCCUUAUCAU